GUCCGGCUUGCCGUUGGACAGUACCAGCGACAGUGCCAGAAAGGUUUUCAGUCAGUAUGGAACUGUAAAGGAGGCCAAUAUUCUUCCGAUCAAGGAGGGUAAGCAGGCCGCUGCUGCCUUCAUCAUCAUGAACACCGUUGAAGAUGCGAAAUGGAUUGUCGAGAAUGUCAAUGGCAAUGUUCCUCAGGGUUUGACAGAGAAAGUGAGUGCAAUCUUCGCAACACCCAAAGAUCAGCGGAAGGGGGGCGGCAAAGGCAAGAUGAAGGGCAUGGAAGCCAUGAUGGGCAUGAUGGCGAUGAUGAUGGGCAUGGGUGGGGGCUGGGGUGGUGGAUGGAAAGGAGGCUGGGGAAAAGGAGGUGGAAGCUACAACCCAGCAAAGCACAAGACUGUGCUGUGCCGCAUGUUUGAAGCAGAUGGUGUCUGCCCCAGGGGUGAGUCGUGCACCUUCGCGCAUGGAGCCCACGAACUCAAGGGUGUUGGGAAGGGAGCAACAAAUGGCGUUCCAGGGCAAAUGGCUCUGGGCAUGGGCAUGGGCAAAGGAUGGUGA